UGUAGCAUAGGAGCUCAGGAGGCGCUACCACAGUAUUGUGGUGCUACUUCAUCUUCAUUUUACUUCAGUGUGCUCAAGUGUGCUUAAUAAAAUGUCGCUAACAAGCUUGUUACCUGCACCUUCGCAGGUAGUGUGGGACAGGGAGGAUGAGGCACGGGAGCAAAAAUUACGACAAAGACCUGUAUCCGCGCUUGUCAAAGCCGUGGUUACUGCACCACCUUAUGGACAACGGAAAGGAUGGGUGCCAAGAAAUCCAGAGGAUUUUGGAGAUGGCGGAGCAUUCCCAGAGAUCCAUGUGGCUCAAUAUCCACUUGGAAUGGGGAUGAAAGGAAAAGAAACCACCAGCAAUGCCUUGGCUGUUCAGCUAGAUGCCGAGGGAAAAGUUAAAUACGACGUAAUUGCUAGGCAGGGUCAUUCUAAGGAUAAGAUUGUAUAUAGCAAGUUGAGUGAUCUGCUACCAUCGGAAAUCACGAGCGAGGAGGAUCCCAGUUUGCAACGUCCGCCUACCGAGGAGAUAGAUGAGCUUACGGAAAAAACUAAAAGAGCUUUGGAAAAGAUCACGAGAUCGAAGAUAGCCGCGGCAAUGCCAGUGAGGUGCGCGGAAAAGCAAGCGCCAGCGCAGUAUAUUCGAUAUACGCCAUCGCAACAAGGACAGUCGUUUAAUUCCGGAGCUAAGCAGAGAGUUAUCAGAAUGGUAGAAGCUCAAAUAGAUCCUUUGGAACCACCGAAAUUCAAAAUUAAUAAAAAGAUACCACGAGGACCUCCAUCACCUCCGGCACCAGUCAUGCAUUCGCCUACGAGGAAGGUGACAGUCAAAGAACAAAAGGAAUGGAAGAUACCACCCUGUAUCAGUAAUUGGAAGAACGCGAAGGGAUACACAAUUCCGCUGGACAAACGUUUAGCCGCGGAUGGUCGUGGCUUGCAGCAAGUUCACAUAAAUGAGAACUUCGCCAAGUUGGCGGAGGCGCUUUAUAUCGCGGAUAGAAAGGCCAGAGAGGCUGUGGAGAUGCGUGCACAACUCGAGAAGAAGUUGGCACAGAAGGAGAAAGAAAAGAAAGAAGAUCAUUUGAGACAAUUGGCCCAGAAGGCUAGAGAGGAACGUGCCGGUUUGAAAUCAGCCGCAAUGGAGAAAUCGGAAGACUCUCGAGAAAGAGAUCAGCUUAGACAAGAACGACACAAAGAUCGUGCUCGCGAGCGCAACUUGGCGCGCGCUGCGCCCGACAAACGAUCCAGAUUGCAACGUGAGCGCGAACGAGAUAUCAGUGAACAGAUUGCCCUCGGUUUACCCGCAAAGAGUAUUCCCAGUGCCGGAGAAGCGCAGUUCGACCAACGAUUGUUCAAUACCAGUAAAGGAAUGGACAGCGGUUAUGGACAUGACGACGAGUACAACGUUUACGACAAACCUUGGAAAGAUUCAAAUUCUCUCGCCACCCACAUAUACCGCCCUGGAAAGAACAUCGACAAGGAUACUUACGGAGACGAUUUGGAGAAACUUGUUAAAACAAAUCGAUUUGUUCCGGACAAAGAGUUCAGUGGAACCGAUAGAUCGACGACGCGCUCGGGACCUGUACAAUUCGAAAAGGACGAGGAGGAUCCUUUCGGUUUGGAUCAGUUCUUGAAACAGGCGAAACGUGCAAGCAGUUCUACGACCACGACCACGAAACGCAAAGACGAAAGGGAACAACGGAGAGACGACCGCGACAAGCGAAGGAAACAUUAACUUCCUAAGUGUACAAACUAAAUUGUUCUCUGUUCGUUUAAUAUAAUUAUAUGGAUAGUAUCGAGAUUGUUAAUUACAUUUAUCGAUGUUAUCAGCGUCGAAAUUACAGAUUGGAAUCGGCACCGAUUAAAUGCGAAGAACUUUUCUACUUCUCUGUAUGCGCUAAUGAUAAUUUUACUCAAAACACUGAUAUAUACAAAAAUAAAUCUAAUAAAUAUAUAAUUAGGUAAAACGA